GACGAGCAGGCCAAGCCUGCCCAGUGGGCGCGCCAGGAGCGGCGAGUCUGGCAUGGGGCUGGCCCCUGCAGCCCAGAGCGGUCCCGGAGCCCUGAGCCAGAGCCUCGGGUGGGGCCACCCAUCCUGCCGGCUCCGCGUGGAGGACCGCCGGCCCGGCCGCGGUGCUGCUGUCGCAGAUGGGCUGAGGGCGCCUCCUCCCCUCGGCCGGCGGCGGAUGGGUCAGGUGGAAAUCUCCCCAUUCAAACCGGCGCGGGCCAAUCAGGGCCUGGCGCGCCCGCCGGUUCAAACGCGCGCUGCAGCCGGCCUCCCGCGCCCGCAGGGGAGACACUGGCGCGGGGGCGGGUGAACCUGCUGCCUCGGUUACUGGGAGCAACACAGACGCCUCGAGUUACAGGCGUCCCGGCCCGGCCGGAGCGGGGCCAUUGCCAUGGAGCGCUCCCUGCACCGCGUCUCCCUCGGGAGCCGGCGCGCCCAGCCGGGCUCGUCCUUCUACCUCACCACUUUUGGUCAGCUGAAGCUGUCCAUCGAUGCCCAGGACCGGGUCCUGCUGCUCCACAUCAUAGAAGGCAAAGGCCUGAUGAGCAAGGAGCCUGGCAUCUGUGAUUCCUACGUGAAGAUUUCUUUGACCCCUGAAGAUAAUCGACUACGCCGUCAGAAGACACAGACCAUUCCAGACUGCAGAGACCCAGUCUUCCACGAGCACUUCUUCUUUCCUGUCCAAGAGGAAGACGAACAGAAGCGCCUUCUGGUCACUGUGUGGAACAGGGCAGGUGACUCCAGACAGAGUGGAUUCAUCGGCUGCAUGAGCUUCGGGGUGAAGUCCCUCCUGACUCCAGACAAGGAGAUCAGCGGCUGGUACUACCUGCUGGGGGAGGACCUGGGCUGGACCAAGCACUUGAAGGUGGCCAGGCGGAGACUGCGGCCCCUGAGAGACCCGUUGUUGAGAAUGCCAGGAAGUGAGGACAUGGAGAAUGGGGAGAAACUCAAGAUCACCAUCCCGAGGGGGAAGGACGGCUUCGGCUUCACCAUCUGCUGCGACUCUCCGGUCCGAGUCCAGGCCGUGGAUUCCGGGGGCCCGGCAGAGCGGGCAGGGCUGCAACAGCUGGACACGGUGCUGCAGCUGAAUGAGAGGCCCGUGGAGCACUGGAAAUGCGUGGAGCUGGCGCACGAGAUUCGGAGCUGCCCCAGCGAGAUCAUUCUACUCGUGUGGCGGGUGGUCCCCCAGGUCAAGCCGGGGCCAGACGGCGGCGUCCUGCGUCGCGCCUCCUGCAAGGCAGCUCAUGACCUCCAGUCGCCCCCCAACAAGCGGGAGAAAAACUGUACCCACGGGGCCCAGGCACGGCCAGAGCAGCGCCACAGCUGUCACUUGGUGUGUGACAGCUCAGACGGGCUGCUGCUUGGCGGCUGGGAGCGCUACACCGAGGUGACCAAACGCGGGGGCCAGCACACCCUGCCCACGCUGUCCCGUGCCAGUGCCCCCACCGACCCCAACUACAUCAUCCUGGCCCCGCUGAACCCUGGGAGCCAGCUGCUGCGGCCUGUGUACCAGGAGGAUGCCAUCCCCGAAGAAUCAGGGAGUUCAAGUAAAGGGAAGUCUUACACGGGCCUGGGGAAGAAGUGUCGGCUGAUGAAGACAGUGCAGACCAUGAAGGGCCACGGGAACUACCAGAACUGCCCAGUCCUAAGGCCGCACACCCCGCACUCAAGCUAUGGCACCUACGUCACGCUGGCUCCCAAGGUCCUGGUGUUCCCCAUCUUCGUUCAGCCUUUAGAUCUCUGUAACCCUGCCCGGACCCUCCUGUUGUCAGAGGAGCUGCUGCUGUACGAGGGGAGAAACAAGGCUGCCGAGGUGACGCUGUUUGCCUACUCGGACCUGCUGCUCUUCACCAAGGAGGACGAGCCGGGCCGCUGCAAUGUCCUGAGGAAUCCCCUCUACCUCCAGAGCGUGAAGCUACAGGAAGGUUCUUCAGAAGACCUGAAAUUCUGUGUGCUGUAUCUAGCAGAGAAGGCAGAGUGCUUAUUCACUUUGGAAGCGCACUCUCAGGAGCAGAAGAAGAGAGUGUGCUGGUGCCUGUCGGAGAACAUCGCGAAGCAGCAACAGCUGGCGGCUCCAUCCCCUGAGAGCAAGAAACUCCACCCUUAUGGCUCUCUCCAGCAGGAGAUGGGGCCAGCCAACUCAACCAAUGCUACCCAGGAUAGAAGCUUUACCUCAUCAGGACAGACUCUGAUUGGCUGAGGAAGCCCAAGGGCGGGACACUGCUUCUGGCAACUUAACCCUUUCUUGGGCAUCCCCUACCACACAGUAACCUCACCUCAACUGGACCCAAAACGGAGGACCAAGAUGGUGGGCCCAGGGUCAUCUGAAGGGAGUGGCCCCACGGGUGUGUGUGAACUGGCGUCAGAAGGACCACAGUGGUGUGAGAGGCCCUGUGGGCAGAUGCAGACUGGAUCAGAAAGUCCCAAAUGGAGAAGACCCAGAAACUUAUUCCCUACAAGGAAGAAGCAGGUGAAAUAGCAUCUGGGCUUCUGGUGGUUCCAGCGCCUGCCUUAAAGGCAGCAGGAGAGGUUGGGAGAGGUCAGCCCUGACGCAGAACAAUGCCAAGAUCCGCUGCUGCCAGAAGACAUCUCCACCCAUUCACUUGUUUUUCAUCUGUACUCAUGCAUUCAUUCCUUCAUUCACCGGAUAUUUUUAGGGUAUCCAGUUUAUGCCAGGCUCUGUGCUAAGAGCUGGAGAUAUGUGGAGAAUGAGAUGGACAUGGUCUCUGCUCUUAUCAAGAUUUCAGUCUUAGUAGGGGAGUGAGCAUUACAUAAAUAUCCACACACACACACACACACACACACACACACACACACACACACACUUGCACAUAUGUAAUUACAAACUGUGAUAAUCUAUGAAGGAGAAGAAAGGAUUCCUGUAAGAGAGAAUAUUAUUGAGAUUGCUAUGUGAGGGGGCUGAUGGGGGAGGGGCAGGGGAAGAGCAUAAGUUUUAAGCCAAGACCUGCAGGCCAGAAAGGAGUUAGCCAGUCAAGGACUUUGGAAAGAAUUUUCCAGACAGAUGGAACAGCCUGUGAAAAGUACCUGAGAUAGGAAGGAGCAUGGUGUGCUGGAGGAACAGAGGCCAGGCCAUUGGAGCUGGAGCUUAGUCAGGGGGAGGACCAAGUGGGUGGGGGCCAGAUUGUACAGGGCUUUGGUGGUUAAUGAAUGUAUUGAUUUCAUUUGAGACACAGUGGGAAACCACUGCAGGCUUUUGAGAAAGGGAGUCAUCGAAUCUCAGGGACAUUUCUAGAUGAUGUGAGAACCCAAGGAGAGGCCCAAGUGGGUGUCAGGAGACCAGAUUGAGGGGGCGGGGGUCCCUUCAGUCCUCCAGGUGAUGGGUGAUGGUGGUCCACCCUGGAUGGUGGUUGGGGAGGCGAGUAUGUGAAUGCCUAGACCCUGGGGUAGGGGAUGCUCUGGGAUGAGAAGAGAGAGUUCCCUGUCCCUCCACCCCUCUCUCCCUCAUCCUCCACUGUCUCACUCUUUCAGUGGGUACAGGUAAGGGAGGGCCUUCCUCACAGAGCCCUCUCCUGGUGAGGCCUGGGUGGGGGCCAGUGCUGAGUUCUGAGAAUGUCCCUGGGCGUUAGGAGUUACAGAUGCUUCACCUGGCUAAGGUGGUCAAGUUCACAACCCCCUAGCCUAUAGCAGGGGUGUCCUGUGCUGUCCCUCCAUCCUGUGCUGGAUGGCCUGAUAGGAAGCUGGAACACAGCCCUCUGGAAACUGACUGGGUUUGCUUUCCGCAGAGCUCCUUAGGGUCAGGGAUUGGGGCUGAGUGUGGUUCAGCACACCUAGAGGAGACUGUCCUGCCAUGAGGCUGACAAAAGGCCUACCAGGGGACAGCGAUUAGAGCUUAGCCUGCUCAUCGCCUGCUGCACCUCCUGCUGCAGCCCGGCGUCCAGGCAGCAUUCACACCCUUCUCUAACUGCCCAGGCAUAGCUCACACACAAAGGGUCUGUGUAGGAUCAGGGUCACUUGCAUAGAAAGGGAGUCAGAGAGGCUGAAUUUCAGUUUAGAGAAGCCCCCUUGGAGCUGGGAGCUUCUCUGUGUCUUUAGAGAGGGGUUUUGUGCCCUGGUGAGUUUGCUCAGCUGCUUUGGCUACUUGACCCCCCAGAAAGGGUGGCCCAGAAGAGAAUUUGUCCCUUACCUCCCACAGAUCGCCCCUCCUCCCAGCCUAGGAAAGAUCAGACAUGUCACAUCAGUAAUCUAACAGGGGGUUGGCCCAGUGCCCUGCCCAGCAGGGGAACAGCCUGGGUCUGAAGUGGGACAAGUGAUCCACAGUGUCUGUCAGCCGAGACUCCGCCUGCAGGGUUAAUUCUGAGACGCUGAGCAGCUGAGUCUGCACAGACAGCAAGCUGCACUAUGAUUUCAUUUGAUUCCCUUACAAAAUGACAUUAAGGGGAGUGUGAGGCACAGGAGAAUCGCCUGUCUGGAAAGGCAGCGAGCUUUUCUCUCCCAGACCUGGGGACGUACCUCUGUCCACCAGACAGGUGCAGAGGACGGGAGCUCUGGCCACGGGGAAACGGAGACUCGGAAUGUGGCACUUAGCUCUGGGGACAGCACUUUCCUCCAGUUUGUCCCAACAAGCUGCUGAGUAGAGCGGAAGCUCCCCUCAGGGUCCUAGACCUGGCUGGCUGCUGGGGAAGCAGACAUCAGCUCCUGGAGGGCCCUGGGCCUGUCUUCCCAGUGACUGUGGUGAGCCACAGCGUCAUCGCCGCUCUGCCUCUCCAAUCGAUGAGACAAUUAAUUUGGCUCCACGGGCUCGAGAAGAUGAAACAUGACCGGGUGGCCAGUGCUCCUCAGCAGCCGAGUCCACCCCAGUCAUCCAGGAUGAUGAACACAUCGAAAUUGCACUUGAGAGUCAUAAUCACGGGAAACAUGGCCGAGCCCCUCCCUCCACAUAAAUCACGCUAAGAAGCUCACACAAUGGUCUCUUUCCGGAUGGGCCAAUUGUCUUGGUGUGUGUCUCGGGGCCUGCGAGCUGGGAGUGUGGAACACAACCAUUUAUUGUUGAAAAGGCCAUCUGUGCGAUUUGAAUACAAAGUGAUUCUUUAAGUUCCCCACACAUCCUUUGAUCCCAUUUUCUUAUUUUCUUAUUGUCUCAGGCUCUGGGUCUGUUGAAACUCGCCAUCUCUCCUGUAAGCAGUCAUGCCCUGGUCUCUACUGCCUAGGUCCUUUGGCCCUUUGGGAGUUGGGACCUGUUGGAAAUAAUGAUGACAUUUAUUUAUGUAUGCCUUGUUUUUUUAUUCUUUAGUUUAAAUUAUUUUUUCAUAAAUUCUGCCACCAAAGCCUGGAUUUCUUGUACCCAGCACCAAGAGUGUUCUGCAAAUGGAAGGUGCAGGCAGUUUCACAACGUGGGAGGGCUCCCCACAGCGAGAGCAUGGACUUCAGAGAUGGCAACUGGGAUCCCCAGGCAUUAUCUCCCUCAGGCCUCCCCACAGCCUUGUUUUAUGGCUGAAAGGGACUAAGGCUCAGAGAAGUUAAGUGAUUUAUCCAAGGUCACAUAGCUGGUAAGAGGCCGAGCUAGUCCUCAAGCCAAGGCCUUUCAACCUGAUCCAUUGCUCUCUCCAGAUGCAAAGGUUUGCCUUUUAGGAGUGGAAGUAAGAGAAAUCAAUCAUCAAUCAUCUAGGAAGAGCCAGGAGGAAGAUAUCUGGCAUGUAGAAAUUGUGGCCCUUUAAACUGUAGAGGGGAUGCUUUAGGACUAAUAAAAUGAGAUGCCUUAUUCCCUAUACAGUGGAAAAUAAACUUCGAGUUGAUGUGGCUCAGGGGUGGUCCAGGCUGAAAAGGUGAAUAGCUUCACACAAGGUUUAAGAAGUCUGAAGUGAAAGACAAGAUGGAAGUCCUGAAGACAGGCUCUCAGCAACACUGGCAUGGUUGGGUUACCCCCUCCCCGAUCUGAGUCUGGCAUUCAGGAGGACCAGCAUUACAGUCUUGGGGUACCUGGCCGCAGUGAGCAGUGGCCGAAGGCAGAAAGGGAUAGCUCAGGUUCAGGCCCAGAUGCACUGAGCGUGAGUGUGGGGAGGAGGGCUCUGACUUCUGCUCUGUCGAGGGUGGGGAGAGAGCCUGCUCCAGGUUUUGGGCCCUGAUUUUGCUAGUUGACUGACUUCGAAUCUCAAUCCUAAGUAACCGGGUGUCAAACAGGCUAGAUUUCAGAUAUUCUCCAUCCCUCCUCCCUCAAAACAUCUGUUUUCCAGUCUCUCCAGCUCUCUGCCCUCUCCUCCUUGCUGCCUGUCUGGCUGUGGAGAGACUGCCUUCUUCCCCACCUUCCUUUUGGCCUCAGCCAUCUUGCUGUCUUUUAUGUUCUUAAGGAAGAUAGCACAGUCUUACCCUCUGUCUUGUUUUGACCUUAUCUUUCUUCAAGCCUUUCUCUGAAUAGGGCCACGGUCCUCCAAAUUGUCCCCAGAUCCUUGAUUUAAAGGUAGAAUAACAACAGUGGGUAAGUUACAAGUGAGCACUUAGACCAUGAACUCGGAGCCAUGCCAGGCUCUUCACCUACCUUGUCUCUUUAAUCCUCACUACAGCCUCGUGAGGUUCUUUGUCAUCGUUACACGUUUUCUCUCAUUAUACCCAAUUGGUAUUGAUAAGAAUGCUGAGUCUUUGAGAAGAAACUUGCCCAAGGUCACACAGCCAGUGGGUGUCUUGGAUUGGAACCUGGGAGCCCCGCUCCAGAGCACUGGCUCUGCUCUCCUACUUUCCGACAGUCACGGAGCAUCCACGCUGGGAGGGGUCGGGAGGCGGAGCAGCCACACUGCCCGCUUCAAGACCAUCGUGGGAAGCCAUGGUCCCAGCCUGCUUCUUAAGGCUCUCCGCGGUUGCUCUGCCCUCCUGCCUUGCGCCCACAGCUCAGCCGUAUUGGAUUAUUUUCCUUCUCUGAAUUCCCAGUGCACGUGCAUGUUUAGGCUGUUUUUUCUGCCUCAUGUUGCCUGCCCUCCUCUGCCACACGCAGUCCUCAGCCUUCAAGGCUCCCCCGGGACACCUUUCUCAGGCGUGCAUCAGAAGUCACUGCUUCCCCCUCUGUGUUCCACAGUAUCCUGUUCAUCUUUAGCACAGUGUGUUAGGCAGAUAUGUCUCACCUGCAAGACCGUGAGCUCCUUGGGAGCCAGUGGAGGUCAUGGUUUAUUUAUUUCUGAUUCGGUGACUGCCCGGUCCUUGACAGAUGCUCAGUAGAUGUUGUAGAAUUGAAUUGGGCCAUACAGUUCAAGCCUCUCACGUGAUGAUGAGAGGAACUGAGCCUCAAAAAGGGGAAGUGACCUGGCCGGGUUCAUGGGACAAGGUAGUGGCAGAGCCAGGACUAGAACUCAGGUCUCCUGACUUUCUUGGCUCAGAACUUUUUCCACUGCACCUCGGCUUUGUAAGACCAGAGCCUGGAUCCCCACUUGGUCUUAACACUCUAAUCUGGCCAGACUCACUUCAGGGUUAUAGAUGCCACCAUAUCCACGCUGACUUCUGGGCAUCCUCAGAGGGAAGGAGACCUGAUCAGAACUGCUCCUAUGGUUCUCUUCCCUGGGUUUGUGGAGCUCCCCUCUCACUGAGUUCCUUGCCCUCAGAGAAAACCAGAGUAGGAUUUUGAAGAUCUUGGUUCAAUUCUGAUUUUGCUUGUAACUCACUGUGUGACUUUGGGCAAAUUACUUCACCUCUCUGAUCAUUUGUUUCUUUACCAAGAAAAAUGAGGGAGUUGAAUUUAGGUGAUCUCCAGGAGUCAUCUUCAAAGCCUCAGGACUCUAAUAACAGGUUAAAAGAAAAAAGAAAUCAGACAUUUUGGUCUUCAUAUUGAAACAAGAGUGUAUGUGUGUGACUAUAUGCAAAUGUUGUACAUGGUUAAUAUUCAUCAUGUACUUGAGACAAAUAUGUAUACUUAUGGACCGUGUACCAGAAGGCGUCCUCAUCAUAGGCACUAAAAUUAUAAGCACAACCUGCCUCCUCCCACCUAAAUGUGCCUCCUUCCAGGCUCGCCCCUGGGAGGGUGGCAAAGAGCUUUCAGACGUGGAAACUUCCCCUGUCCCUUCUUUUUUCCU